AGGGGAGGGGGAGGGGGGUCACAGCCACUUAUAAAGAAGGAGACCCUCGCAGCCGGGCAGGGUUUAGUUUCUCCUGCGCGCACCGCUUUGGAGCAAUCUCUGCGCGCGUCCAUCUCCUCCCCUGAAACUGAUUUUUCCUUUUUUUUAUUUUUUCCUCCUCUCUCUCUCUCACUCUCUCACAUGCAACAUGGGUUCGGUGCUGCCCGCAGACGCCCUGGCUCUCAAGUCUGGAUUUAAGUGCCCCGGCCGCUCCCUGUCGGACGUGAUCACCUCGGACAUCCUGCACAGCUUCCUGUACGGCAGGUGGAGGAACGUGCUGGGAGAACACCUGGCGGAGGAGCGCCAGAGCGGCUGCAGCCCCAGAACCGCCUUCACGGCUGAGGUGCUGGCCCAGUCCUUCACCGGAGAGGUGCAGAAGCUCUCCAGCCUGGUGCUGCCCAGCGAGGUGAUCAUCGCCCAGAGCUCCAUCCCGGGAGAAGGUCUGGGCAUCUUCUCCAAGACCUGGAUCAAAGCCGGCACCGAGAUGGGCCCCUUCACGGGCCGACUCCUCUCCCCUGAGCACGUGGACCUGUUCAAGAACAACAACCUGAUGUGGGAGGUGUUUAACGAAGACGGCACGGUGCGGUACUUCGUCGACGCCAGUCAGGAGGACCACCGAAGCUGGAUGACCUACAUCAAGUGCGCCCGGAACGAGCAGGAGCAGAACCUGGAGGUGGUGCAGAUCGGCAGCAGCAUCUUCUACAAAGCUGUGGAGACCAUCCCACCAGACCAAGAGCUCCUUGUCUGGUAUGGAAACACCCACAACACGUUCUUGGGAAUCCCUGGAGUUCCUGGAACAGACGAGGAGCACCUGAAGAAAAGCAGAAGUGAUGAGUGCCAAUCCAGUGACGGACUUUCCUCCUGCUCCCCUUCAUCCUCCUCCUCCUCCUCCUCCUCCUCUUCCACCUCCGUGGCCUCCACGGCGGGCCGGAUGCGCUGCGUCAUCUGCCACCGCGGCUUCAACUCGCGCAGCAACUUGCGCUCCCACAUGCGCAUCCACACGCUGGACAAGCCCUUCGUCUGCCGCUUCUGCAACCGCCGCUUCAGCCAGUCGUCCACGCUGCGCAACCACGUGCGCCUGCACACGGGAGAGCGGCCCUACAAGUGCCACGUGUGCCAGAGCGCCUACUCGCAGCUGGCGGGCCUCAGGGCGCACCAGAAGAGCGCGCGGCACAAGCCCGCGGCCUCCAGCGCCGACGGGGCUCCUCAGGUGUCCCCUCCCCCGCCUCCGCUCCCGCAGAUGGCCCCCAUCCAGCACCAGAUGCCCCUGGUGCACCACAUCCCCACCAUGGUGCUAUGAUGGCGAACACAGGGCGGGCUGGUUGCACUUUAGAUGUAGAGAGAAGUUUAAAAAAAAAAUGUCUUCAGGCAUGUCUGGACAAAAAGACAAAUUGUUCUUGCCUUAUUAUUAUUUUUUGUUGAUUUUUAGUUAAACUGGCAGCGAUGUCAGUGUUUGUAUUGUGUCAGUUUCUGAUUUCUCAUUGUUUAUUGUCCACAUCUUCUGUUCGUGCGCUCUGAGAAGCAGUCUCAGCAGAGAUUUAUUGUUUGAAGAUAAUAAGAGGACACACUGAUGGUUCCAGCUGCAUCCAAACUGUCACUUUAACCCUGUACAGACUGGAUUUUUCAGAUAUUUGUGUAAUUGUAAAAAAUAUGUAUCUGUACAUGUGAUUGUAAAUACAUUUGUGCAUUCUUCUAUCAAAUAAAUGAUAUGACAUUACAACACGA